CUAGAAAAACUGAAAAUGGCUCGUAUUGGUCGACCAUCGUUUUUCCUGAUCCACACAGGAUUCCUGCUGGCUAUUGUUUUAUUACCAGAGUUUCUGGGGGCCGUCCCAUUGGAGCAGAACAAGGAGGAGGAAGUGCAUGCAGUGUAUGAGGAUGUGAAAGCUGAAGCAAUGGAGAGCCUGACAAAACUGGUUCGUAACAGAAGGAACCUCCCCGUCUUGUCUGUGCCUCAGUUCAAACGCGUGCCAGAUUUCUGGGGAUGGUACAAGUACUUCAUGGACAGCCACAACCAGGAGGGAUUAGAGGAUCUGGAUCGUCUGUACAUGGCCUUCCUGCAGAACAAGCACAAGGCAGAAGAGGGUCCUAACGUCAAUCUUUACCUCAAGCACCUCAGUGAAAUCUACAAAAGCUGUGCCGACUCUGAUGACCCAGAGUGCAUUGCUGAGUCCACCAGCAAGCCAAAGGCUGCCUUGAUGAUGCCCGCCCCCAUUAAGUCUGCUGCCGUCAGGAUGUGCAACCCUUACCUUGACCCCUACUGCCUCUUCCCCCUCCUCCCCCAGGUGGCUGAGCCUGAGCCAGCUCCAGCUCCAGCCAAGGUCCCAGCCCCCAUCCUCACCCCGUUCCUGCCCAUGCCCCUGAAGAGCCCCACCGGCUUCUACUACUACGCCCCCGUCCUGGAGCCCUUCCUGAGUGCUGAGCAGAAGACUGAGCUGCUGAGAAUCUGCAAUCCUGAAGAUGUGGAGUGUCUGCAGUAUCACCUGAGGGCGGCUUACGGCUACCGCCCGGCUCCUGGCCCUGCCCCAUCCUACGCUGCCCUCAAGUGUGACCCCAAGAACCCCUACUGCAUGCCAACUCUGGUCCAAAAGGCUCCUACCGGCUUCUACCACCUGGUGUACCCCGGCUGUGACCCAGCAGUCGAUCCUCUGUGUGUGACCAACGUCGCUGCUCCUGCUCCCCUUGCCGCAGAGGAGGCUCCCAAAGAGCAACAAUGCAACCCUCUCUUCGACGCUGGCUGCAACCCCCUCACCGCCACCAAGCUGUCCGGCCUCACCAAGCCUGUGUUUGAGUACGCCCAAAAAGACGAGCCUGCACCUCCUCCUGCUCCUCUGUCCUGCGACCCCCGUGUUGACCCAUACUGCAUACUAGCAGCAGCCGCUGCCCUGCGCAAGCCCGCUCCACAGAUCCCCGAACACCAGGUCCGCUACAAGCUUGGCGUCCCCGGCAAGACCAAGGAGGGCCACGACUGCUAUGUGCACUAUGACAAAGACUGCACCCCGGUGAAGUCUGGCUCUGAGGCCAAGGCCAACAUCAAAGCUCCAGCCAAGCCUGCCUGCCAUCCGUUCGACCCCAACUGUGGAAAGUUUGCUCAACCUUCUGGCGUCAUGGCUCCAAAGCUCAGCAAGGAUGGUAUAAUCCUGCCUGACCCAGACUGCGACCCCGAGAUCGACUACAACUGUCGCCUGCGCCGCGCUGAGCCUGCAGAAGCUGCUGAUGAGCCCGCCGCUGCUGCUGCUGCUGAGGAGAAAGCUGCUGAUGAGCCUGCCAAGGAAGCUGCUGUUCCACAUUUUGAAGACUUCCUCAGAGGCAUCAUGAGGCAGCACAAGUAGAUUUAAGAAAUAACAGCAUCAACAGCUGAAACAAGAUCUCCUUUCCAGAGAUGGAGCUCACUUUGAAGUUGCAAUUUUUUAUAUAUUUCAUGGACCACACUUUUCCAAAAUAUCAUUAAGUCUUAACAAAGAGAUCAAAUCAAUCAUAUUCUUUUUAUGAAAAGGGGUCUAUGAAAGGGAAACAAUUCCACUGGGCCUGCUAACUCAUCACAGCAUUAUGUGAAACUUGUGGAUUAAACACUUCAUGUAUGUAUGUUUGUAGAAAAGAGCUGUAUGUAUAAAUGUGUGAUAGUUUAGGGGUAGUUUGAAUUUGUGUCAUUGGGCAAAAAUUUCUCUCUGUUGUACAUUCUGUGUUUCCAUUUGAAUUAUCCAGUGUAUUUAAUGUUGUUUACCACAUUUUCCUCUGUAUCUCUGAAACUCAUGUAACUUCU